AUGUCGAAGAAUUUUAAAGAAGAAGAAAUUGAUAACUUUCGGCAAUGCUUUCAAUUAUUCGCUCCGCAAGGCUUUGUUGAUACACCGGAUAAAUUAUGUUUCAUCAUGCGAUCAUUGAGCAUGGCACCGACAAUAGCUGAACUGAAACGUUACUUUGCUAAGUAUAAAAAAGAUGCUGGCGUUGUUGAAUUUGAUGAUUUUCUUAAAAUUGUUUGGGAACAUCGAUCAACAGAAAAUGCACCCAACGAAAUUUCAGCAGCAUUUCAAAAUUAUGAUACACAACGACUUGGUUAUAUUGAUUCGAAACAAUUGAGAUAUAUUUUAACUAAUACAGGCGAAAAAUUGACUGAUAGAGAUGUUGAUCUUAUACUACGCGAAUUAAAUGUUGGAUCUGACGGUCGUGUUUUUUAUGAUAAUCUUGUUCAAAUGUUAACACAGCCAUUAGCGGGACGACGUUAA